CGAGAGGAGAGAGAGGGAGUGAGGGGGAGAGAGAGAGAGACACACACAGAGGGACAGGCAGGCAGGUGGAGAGAGAUCCCAGCAAGAAGCAGGGAGACAACAGCCGCUCAGUGAAACAAGUAUUCUUCUUUAUUCGUUUUUUUUGUCCAACUUUGCAAACUUUUCAACAUUCUCUCGUUGGAGGGAGACAGAGAGAUAGACAGGCAGGGAGAGCGGGAGAUCAAGUGCCAGAAUGGACCGUUUCCUCUGGGCAGCGGUGCUACUGCUGCCACUCUUGGGCUUCUCUGAGGCCGUGCCAGCCGAUUGGUUGCCGGGGGCGUACACUCAGACCCUGGCCGACGCGGAUCGCUUCGCCUCCGACUACAGCAUUACGGCGGAGAAGGCCCUAUUCGUUAGCGUCUCUGCCAGCUGGACCUACAACACCAACCUGACCGCACACAACUCCCAGCUCCAGGUGCAGGCGUCCCUUGAUGAGCAGGCCUUCACCGAGGCCUGGGGGAACAAGGCCAAGCAGACUUUCCCCCCGGACUUCCUGGCGACCCUCGCGGACAAAAGUACCAAGAAGCUGAUCGAGAAGAUCAGUGAGCUGGGACCGGCCAACCUGGCCGAAGCAGAUAGAAGGGAGUACAACACAAUCCUGAGCACCAUGGAUGACAUUUACUCCACCGCUAAGGUGUGUCCGGAUAAAGACAAGCCCACCGAAUGCUGGAGCCUGGAGCCUGAGCUGUCGGACAUCAUGGCCAACUCCCGGAGCUACAAGCGACUGCUGUACGCCUGGGAGGGCUGGCACAACGCUUCGGGGGUCCCCCUUAAGGAACACUACCCCCGCUUCGUGGAGCUCAGCAACAAGGCUGUGGCUCCGGACGGGUUCGCUGACACCGGGGAAAACUGGCGUUCCUGGUACGAGACGGAGACGUUUGAGACGGACCUGGAACAGCUGUACAAGACAGUGGAGCCCCUCUACCAACGGCUUCACGCCUUUGUCCGCCGCAAGCUCCACAACCAGUAUGGCUCCAAGUACAUCAACCUCAAAGGACCGAUCCCCGCCCACCUGCUAGGAAACAUGUGGUCUCAGACCUGGAACAACGUCUAUGGCUUGAUGGUUCCUUACCCAGAGAAACCCAAUGUGGACGUGACAGACACGAUGGUGGCGCAAGGCUAUAAUGCCACACAAAUGUUCAAAGUGGCAGAAGAGUUCUUCACCUCUCUGGGAUUGAUUAAAAUGCCUGAGGAGUUCUGGAAUGAGUCUAUGCUGGUGAAACCUGAGGGCAGAGAGGUGGUCUGCCACGCUUCUGCCUGGGACUUCUACAACCGCAAGGACUUUAGGAUCAAGCAGUGCACCACGGUGACGAUGGAGCAGCUGUUCACCGUGCACCACGAGAUGGGCCACGUGGAGUACUACCUGCAGUACAAGGACCUGCCGGUAGGCUACCGCCGCGGGGCCAAUCCAGGCUUCCACGAGGCCAUCGGCGACGUGCUGUCCCUCUCCGUCUCCACGCCGAAACACCUGCACAAGAUCGGCCUGCUGGACAAAGUGACCGAUGACCCGGAAACCGACAUCAACUACUUGCUGAAGAUGGCUCUGGAGAAGAUGGCCUUCCUGCCCUUUGGAUACCUCAUCGACCAGUGGAGGUGGAACGUGUUCAGUGGAAAGACCACCCCGGACCACUACAACGCCGACUGGUGGCAUCUACGGACAAAAUACCAAGGCAUCUGCCCACCCACCCCUCGGACAGAAGAGCACUUUGACGCCGGAGCAAAAUACCACAUUCCUGGUAACACGCCAUACAUCAGGUACUUUGUCAGCUUCAUCCUGCAGUUCCAGUUCCACGAGAAGCUGUGUGCGGAAGCCAAACACACAGGCCCCCUUCACAAAUGUGACAUCUACCAGUCCAAAGAAGCAGGUGCCAUCCUAGAGAAGGUCCUCAAGGCUGGCUCAUCCAAACCCUGGCCGGAAGUACUUCAGGAUGCCCUGGGAACCAACAAGAUGGACGCCCGUGCACUGAUGAUCUACUUUGAGCCUAUUAUAAAAUGGCUGGAUGAGCAGAAUGUGAACGAGACCAUCGGCUGGCCCGAUUUUAACUGGGUACCACCCAUCCCAGAGGGGUACCCUGCUAGUAUCGAUAAGAACACAGAUGAGCUGCAGGCCAAGCAGCUGCUGAAGGAGUACAACAGCACAGCGGAGGGGGUGUGGAACACCUACACCGAGGCGUCCUGGGCCUACAACACAGACAUUACUGAGCAACACAAGGAUGCCAUGCUUGCAGCCAGCUUGGAGAUGUCCAAGCACACGCUGGAGUACGGCCUGAAGGCCCGGCAGUACGACACCAGCGACUUCCAGGACGGCGCCGUGAAGCGCAUCAUGAACAAGCUCAGUGACAUCGAGAGGGCCGGCCUGCCCGCCCCCGAGCUGGAAGAGUAUACCAAUCUGCUGUCCAACAUGGAGACCAAAUACAGUGUGGCAGAGGUGUGCAGAGAGGACGGGGCCUGCCUCCCCCUGGAUCCAGACCUCCAAAAGAUCAUGGCUGAGUCCAGAGAUUACGACGAGCUGCUGUUUGCCUGGAAGGGCUGGAGAGAUUCUGCUGGCAAAGGGCUCAGAAAGGACUUUGAGAGAUACGUGGAGCUGGCCAACACAGCAGCCAAACUAAACGGACACUCUGACAACGGGGCGUUUUGGCGGUCGCUGUACGAGACUCCCACGUUUGAGGAGGACCUGGAGACUCUGUGGAAAGAGCUGGAACCCCUGUAUCAGAACAUACACGCCUACGUUCGCAGGUCCCUCUACAAGAAGUAUGGCGACAAACACAUCAAUCUCAAGGGCCCAAUUCCUGCUCAUUUGCUCGGGAACAUGUGGGCUCAAACCUGGUCGGGCAUCAUGGAUCUGACCAUCCCUUACCCCGACGCCACCCAGGUGGACGCCACCCCCGCCAUGUUGGCGAAGAACUGGAACGCUACGAUGAUGUUUCAGGAGUCCGAUCGUUUCUUCACCUCUCUGGGUCUACUGCCCAUGCCCAAAGAGUUUUGGGAGAAGUCCAUGUUGUUGAAGCCCACCGACGGGAAGAAGGUGGUGUGCCACGCAUCUGCCUGGGACUUCUACAACAGGAAAGACUUCAGGAUCAAGCAGUGCACGGUGGUAACCAUGGACGACCUGAUCACCGUGCACCACGAGAUGGGACACGUCCAGUACUUCCUGCAAUACCAGGACCAGCCGGUGUCCUUCCGGGACGGCGCCAACCCGGGCUUCCACGAGGCCAUCGGCGAUGUGCUGGCCCUGUCCGUGGCCACGCCCAAGCAUCUGAAGACCAUCGGCCUUUUGGAUAAGGUGGAGAACAACCACGACAGCGACAUCAACUUCCUCAUGAGCAUCGCCCUGGACAAGAUCGCCUUCCUGCCGUUCGGCUACCUCAUGGACCAGUGGAGAUGGAAGGUGUUCGACGGCCGCAUCCCCGCAUCCGAGUACAACAAGGAGUGGUGGAACCUCAGGCUGAAGUACCAGGGCCUGGCUCCGCCCGUCGCCAGGACCGAGGAGGACUUCGACCCCGGUGCAAAGUUCCACAUCCCGGCCAACGUGCCCUACGUCAGGUACUUUGUGAGCUUCAUCAUCCAGUUCCAGUUCCAUGAAGCCCUCUGCAAGGCUGCCAACCACCAAGGGCCCCUUCACACCUGCGACAUCUACCAGUCCAAGGAGGCCGGGAAGUUAAUGGGCGAUGUGAUGAAGCUGGGUUUCAGCAAGCCCUGGCCUGAGGCCAUGGCCAUGAUCACUGGGCAGCCCAGGAUGACGGCUGGGCCCUUGGUGGAGUACUUCAAGCCCCUGAGGAAAUGGCUGGAAGACGAGAAUGCCAAGAACAAGGAGGUGCUCGGCUGGCCGGAGUACGCCUGGAUCCCUCCAAGUGAACCUGUGGUCGUUGUCCCUGAGGUUGUUGUCCCUGAGGUUCAGGGCGUGAAUUUCCUGGGUAUGAGUUUGGACAGCGCAGCGGCCUCAGCCGGAUCGUGGGUACUACUGGUCAUCGGCCUUGUCCUGCUCGUGGCGACCAUCUUGUUUGCCUACAAGUACCGGAAGUCAAGAAAGAUAUCGAAAUCGGAGGGAAUGAGCAUGCACUAGCCUAGCGCACCUAGCACAACUAGCACUUCACUGAUCUCUCCAGUGUUGUCACCAUCUGUGUUAUUGUUUGUGUACCGAAGUACAUCUAAUCAAAUAUUCCUUUCUUGUGGCCAAUUCUUGUAUAUUUAUUGUAUAAAUCUUUUGGGAGAAAUUAUGUUGGCUAUGCAAAAAGUAUAACCUCACUGUUUUGUAAUUUAUUUGCAAUAGUUGUCGUUGAGAGGAGGUAAAUGUUUGUUUGUAAAAAAAAAAGUAUUGAAUUGUUUUAGUAUUUUUUGUAAUGAUAUGUUGAAUCAUUUGCCUUUGUAGAAUAAAGAAAUAAUGUGAUACUUUUGACUACAUUU